UAGAUAAGCACAAAACUCCACCAUGCAAUUAAGGUGAGGCUGAUGACACACCCCUCCAAAUGUUCCACAAACCCUCUUUUGUAUUUUUUUUUCUUUAAGCUUAGUUCAAAUAACAUUUAGGACUGUUACAUUUUUUUGUUUUUACUUUUUACAGCUACGCUUAACCUAACUUUGCUUUCUUCACAGGUCCGUUUUCUGGAGCAGCAGAAUAAGAUGCUGGAGACCAAAUGGAGUCUCCUGCAGGAACAGACCACCACCCGCUCCAACAUCGACAGCAUGUUCGAGGCCUACAUCGCCAACCUGCGCCGACAACUGGACGGGCUGGGCAACGAGAAGAUGAAGCUGGAGGGAGAGCUGAAGAACAUGCAGGGAUUGGUUGAAGACUUCAAGACAAAGUACGAGGAUGAAAUCAACAAGCGUGCUGCUGCUGAGAAUGAGUUUGUGCUCCUUAAGAAGGAUGUUGAUGCCGCUUACAUGAACAAGGUGGAGCUGGAGGCUAGAGUUGAUGCUCUUCAGGAUGAAAUCAACUUCCUCAGGGCUCUCUACGAAACUGUAUGUACAACCUCUUGAUCAUUUGAUUUUUUUUCAGUGCAUAUUUUUAAUUGAAG